AUGAACGCGCACGAUGAGAACGCAAUAACGAAAAAGAUUAACCUUCUUCGAAGGAAGCAACAAGAAAAGAACAGAAUAAAUGUAAGGAAUUAUGAAGACAUCUUAGAUGAAUUGGAUACGUGUGUUAAAACAAGAAAUGGGUACAAGAUAAGUUCUAUCUUGAAAUUAACGCAACUUCCCGUGGACAUUUACAUACUUGACGAGACAAUGGAAUGUGAAUUGAGAAAAAACAUAAAAAAAAAAAAUUUCCUAAAACAUUAUGAACAGCUAAUAAUUGAUCAUUUUAAUAUAUUUAAAAUAUUAUGUAACAGAAAUAAUGUAAAUUGGGAUGUGUUAGUAAGCACUGGAUGCAAAUUUUUAUCUACAUUCAUACAUUUAUACUCUGAUAAUUUAUGGCUAUUGCCAUAUCUUCUCACUAUAUGUUCCUUUUUAAAUAAUAUAAGUACAUUGGCAGAUUCAUAUUACAAUAGUAACAAUAAAAGUGAUAUUUAUAAUGAAGAAAAUGAAGAUAUAAAUGAAAAAAACAAAUAUACAAUUGAAGUUUUAAAUUCAAUUAGAGGAAAAAUAGGAAUUGUUAAAGGAGAUAUUGAAAAACAUGGUGGAUUCAUUAUCCUCAUGUUUCAAUCAAUUAAAUUAUGUAUGAAGUUAAACAAUAUGCAAAUAACUACUAGUUUUCUAAAGAUAAUAAAUUCCACGGAUAUAGAUUAUUCAUACAUUCCAAAAUUUUUUGUAGUCCUCUUUAAAUACCAAUUGGGGAAAUUAUAUUUACAUAAAAUGGAUUAUGAAAAAGCAGAAAAGGAAUUCACUUGGGCAUUCUCAAAUUCAAAAAAAAAUAAAACUGAUUUUAAAAAAAAAUUACUAGAGUCCAUUAUUUCUAUAAGACUUAAUAAAGGAAUCUUCCCACCAAAAAAAUUAUUGCAAGAAUAUCAACUUAGUAUAUAUAUUGAUAUAAUAUACUCUAUCAAGCAGGGAAAUAUAUUUCUUUACAAUCGUGUUAUUGAAAGGUUCUCAAAAUAUUUUUUUAUUAACGGACUAAACGAAUGUAUCGAUCAGAUGCAUUUUGUUGUUAAAAGAAAUCUUAUGAAAAUUGUCGUUCAAUGGUGGAAUAAUAACAUUAAAGAUAAUCCAAAUAAAUUAUAUAAAGUUCCCAUAUCUAUUUUUCAUCAUAUUUUUACCUGGGCUCAUAUUACACAACAUCACCACCACCUCGAGACUUUAUGUAUUAUUACUUCACUCAUCUUGUUCAAAUACAUCAAUGCUUACAUAUCCUAUGAUAACAACAUUCUCGUUCUUAGUAAAAAUGAUCCAUUUCCCUCUCUGUCAAAAUCACGCAUCGCCAACAGGGGUCCAAUUGAUAAGGCAUAUGCCUGA